GAAACUACAGUUCGUCGGCAAAGAAAGCAAAAACAUCUUCGUAUGAAUCAAUCAAUCAGUUUUUAAUCCUUAGACUUGACUUUAUCCUCUCUCCCAAUCCACGUUAACUCCCUCCCUCACCCACCCCAUCCCCUUAGUUUUCUUCAAAAACUCAUCAUUCUUGAUUUUCCAGCCAGCAUUCUUGAUUUUCCGGCGAGAUGGCCGGAAGUGUACCGGAGAUCCAAAUCCAGGUCAAUUCAAAGAAAGGGGGUAACUCAAUACACCCAGUAGAGCCAGCAAGAACAUCAGCAGGAGGAGGACCACCUGUUGUCUAUAGAGAAAUUAAGCAUUUCAAGAAAUGGUUUCCAUGGUUGAUACCAUCUUUCGUUAUAGCCAAUGUGGUGACUUUUUUUGUGACCAUGUAUGUUAAUAACUGCCCCCACAACUCUGUUUCUUGUGUUGCUGGAUUCUUGGGUAGAUUUUCCUUUCAGCCUUUCAGUGAAAAUCCUCUUCUUGGGCCUUCUUCUAACACACUAGAGAAGAUGGGUGCUUUAGACGUGAAUAAGGUGGUCCACGGACAUGAAGGGUGGCGCCUUAUUACUUGCAUGUGGUUGCAUGGUGGAGUUUUUCAUUUACUGGCCAACAUGCUGAGUCUGAUAGUCAUUGGCAUUCGGCUGGAGCGAGAGUUUGGAUUUGUACGCAUUGGCCUGCUCUAUAUCAUUGCGGGACUUGGUGGCAGCUUGUUCUCAGCUCUAUUUAUUAAGUCAAAUAUAUCUGUUGGUGCUUCUGGUGCACUUUUUGGGUUGCUGGGAAGCAUGCUUUCUGAGCUGAUAAUCAAUUGGACUAUAUACGCCAAUAAGCUCGCAGUUUUAGUGACUCUUGUGGUCAUCAUUGUUAUAAAUCUGGCAGUCGGAAUUCUCCCGCAUGUUGACAACUUCGCUCAUAUUGGAGGAUUUAUGUCUGGUUUUCUUCUCGGUUUCGUGUUUCUGAUUCGGCCCCAAUUUGGUUGGGUGAGUCAGAGAUAUGCAUCCAGUGGAUAUUCUUCAACAUCAGCUAAACCUAAAUUCAAGGUGUAUCAGAUGGUCCUAUGGGUUAUUUCUCUUGUUCUUCUGAUAAUCGGGUUCACUAGUGGCUUGGUCAUGCUUCUCCGCGGAGUAGAUUUGAACGAUCAUUGUUCUUGGUGCCAUUAUAUGAGCUGUGUACCCACUUCAAGGUGGAGUUGUAACUCAGAGCCUGUUUCCUGUAUGUCUGAGCAAACAGAUAACCAGCUUACAUUGACAUGCUCCAAUAGCAACAAAACAAGAUCAUAUUCUUUGUCGAAUCCAAGUACGUCUAAGAUCCAGGGGCUGUGCAGUCAGCUCUGUCGUUGAUUAGCCAUCACUUACAAUUCGUUUGUAAAUUGAUGCCAUUUCCAUUACGGCCAUAGUUAUUGCUUCAGCUUAUACAUUUCUUAGAAACUAUACAUCACAUUUGAUCGAUUGUUUUUGUAUUGGAGAACAUUCUUAUAUAUGGUAAAUAUACACAUUUGAUAUUUGAAAGGUGGCUGAAUUUUUCCAAGGCUCA